UAAGGUCUAUAUGUUGGUUUGUUUCCUUUACUGUUAGACAGAUACGUCAAAGUACCCUCCUCGAAACGUUCAGUUGUCCCAAGAACAUUGUUCGGAGAAAGAGCAUUCGUUGUAAGCUCUAUAGAUGUAAACAUAAAGUUGUGUAAUUCAUAGUUCAUAGUUGGGAACGUCAUAAACAGAGAAAUGGUCACCUAGAAAAUACUCUUGGAAGGGACUCCGGCUUUUGUUGUUGUUGUUGUUGUUGUUGUUGUUGUUGUUGUUGUUGUUGUUGUUGUUGCUGUUGUCGUUGUUGAUUUCUUAAAUGAUUGAUCAACAGACGAAAGGCAGUUUUGAGACACAUUUCAAAACACCAUGCACAAAUCAGUAACAUGAAUUUGCAUACUUCACAGUGUAUAUGCCGUUGUCUGUGCAUAUUUCACAGUAUAGUAUUAUGCUGUUGCCUGCCAUUGUAAUUAUUAGAUAAAUGUAAUAAUAGAAUUUUUAAAAUCUGUAUGAAUAACGAAGUUAAUGCUUCUUUUUUAAAGUGCUCCAAAACAGCGCAUCAUCUACUUUUGGCGAGUGACCGGAAUGCUUGCUCUCUAUUGGUUAAUAAUUAGAUCAUAAUCAUUUCUUUUCCGCCCAAAGCAGGCAGGUCCAAGUACUUCGCAGAAGUCAUCACAGAAAGGGUCUGCCCAGUCUCUGAAUGCUAGCAAGGUGGCUGAGGACCCAGGUCCAAGUACAUCAAAGAAAUCUUCACGGACUGAGUCCCGGAGAGGGUCAGCCGAACCGGUGGACACUGACCAGGAGCCAGGUCCAAGUUUAUCCAGGAAAUCUUCAAAGACAGCGUCCAGGAGAGGGUCAGCGGAACCGGUGGACAAUGACCAGGAGCCUGGUCCAAGUUCAUCCAAAAAGUCUUCAAAGACAUCGUCCAGGAGAGGGUCAGCGGAACCCAUGGACAAUGACCAGGAACCAGGUCCUAGUUUAUCCAGGAAGUCUUCAAAGAUAACAUCUAGGAGAGGGUCAGCGGAACUGGUGGACAAUGAACAGGUAAGACAAAACUUCUUGGCAAAACGGUGUUUACAUUGUACUUGAUACUGGAACUCGAAAAUUCCCCUACAAGGAUAGAAGUGGAGUUUUUCCUUUGUCUUUUUGUUGGGUU